UCGCCAGAUCCGUCGCAUCAUUGGCAGAGACGCGACUGAGCUGGGACGUACCGUUGGCAGAGACGCGACAGAGAAAUAAAAUUAAAACGUCGACGUUCCUUCCUCGCAGAAGAAUCCAAUCAAAAUAAAAACAAACACAUAGUGCGUUCGCGCCAAAUAUUUAACAACAAUUAGCAAACGAAAGAAACAAAUGCAUACCCUUACGGCAGCCAUCGAGAUGGACAAGCUGGAUGCCAAUCUUGAGCAGCAGUUUGAUCUAAAUCUCAUCGAGGCUGUCAAACUGAACCCAGUGAUAUACGAUAGGUCUCACUACAACUACAAGCACUUUGUGCGCAAGGCCCAGACCUGGAAACAAAUCGCCGAAACUCUCGGUGUGCCUGAACAAAAAUGUACAAAGCGUUGGAAAAGCCUGCGCGACAAGUUCGCCCGCGAGAUGAAACUGUGCCAGGAAUCGAGGUGGCGCUACUUUAAGCAGAUGCAAUUCCUGGUGGACUCCAUUCGCCAGUACAGAGAGUCGUUGCUCGGCAAGUGCGCCAAUGGGAGUCAGAAUGCCAACCAGGUGGCAGAUCCUUCGCAGCAGCAACAGGCGCAACAGCAGACCGUCGUAGACAUUUUCGCUCAACCGUUCAACGGGAGCGCCACAACCUCGGCCCAAGCACUAACCCAUCCUCACGAAAUCACGGUCACUGGUGACGCUCAGCUGGCUACUGCUGUGGGAAAGGAUCAAAAGCCAUAUUUCUACGAGCCGCCGCUAAAGCGCGAGCGCAGCGAGGAAGAACACAGUGACAACAUGCUUAACACCAUUAAGAUUUUCCAGAAUAAUGUCUCCCAGGCGGUCAGCGCCGAGGACCAGUCGUUCGGCAUGGUCGUCACGGACAUGCUCAACACGCUGGGCGUGCGGCAGAAGGCCGAGGCCAAGGUGCACAUCAUCAAGUAUCUGACGGACAUGCAGCUGCUGGCGCAGCACAACAAAUACUAACUGCCGGGCGGCUGUCACCGGCAGCUGCUGCAGCUGCUCCAACUGGAGAGCGUUCUAUCUUGAAAGCAUAGAAGGGGGCGUGCGGCCACCGACAUCCACACAGGCUGCGGUCGUGUGUGUGGUCACUUUCUUUAGAAAAUAGUCUUAAAGUCAAACUACAGAUUAAUAUUAGACAUUAAAAGCCCCAUGGCGCAUACCCAUAAAGCGUAAUUAUACUUCAUUAACCCCGAAACGUAGACGACAUACAUAUAUACAUCUUUAUAUGCUUAGUUUGACCUCAAGAUCGAUGAUCCACUUCGCGCCCCAUUCUCAGCAGUGUACAAACAAAAUGCGAUGGAAUAAACAGCGGUCCUAGAAUUAUGCGUAGUUUGUUAAACAACCGUGGAAUCACUUAAAAUGCAGCGUAUUGUAAAUUUUGGACUACGAUUUAGUUGUAACUUGCCAUUGGGUCUUAGCUCUGUAAUUAAGAACACACGUAAUCGUUAUUUUAAUUUUAUAAGUUUGUUGUAAUAUGCUGAACACGCUUGGUAAACUACUUUGAAAGGCUUUAUGUACGACGAAAAGAAAUAUAAAACCCUUUUUCACAGUGAGCGCA